AUGGAGGUAAUCGAGAGUAGAGAACAAGCCUCCGUUGGUCCCUCAACGGGGGCAGAGUCCACCAUUCCCAAUGGCGAGCGGAAUCCUUUUCUAGAUGACCCGCUCAUAGAUGACGAUGGCCGCUCAAGUAGCCUGAGUGAGAUUGACGAUGUCUCGGACAACGAGCCGUCAGACUUCGAAGAUCCCAUCAAGUCAGACAAGCCAAUGGAAAACGACUCGGAGGCCGAAACCGAGCGCAUUGAGGAUUCUCCCCACAAUAUUCGGAAACGAGACAUUGUGUUGAGCGCCGCCAGUGCCGGACCAAGUCCCAGCAAGCUUCACCAAUCUACGACCCUCGACGAUGUUGAGGAUGAAACACUUGUGGAUGAAUCCCCCAGUAAACCUCGCCGCUCCUCAAAAAAUAACGGCUUGACCGAGGAUAUCCCAGACCUUGGCGACCUUGGCGAUUCUGAACUUCCAGACGGCAUCGGCAACAAACGAAAACGUGUCGAGGGUGGUGACGAAACUGGCACCGAGUUGGGCGACGAAGAGCCUAUUAAGAAACGCCGGAGCUCAAUCAAAAGUGACUUGAGUGACCCAAUGGACGAUGGGACUCCUCUCUCCCCCGAGCCGCUCGAUAUCCCCAUGGAUGUCACUGAAGACGGGAUACUGGUUGAGGACGUUCCUGAAACAGACCUUCCGGCCCCACCGUCGAAAGGCAAGAAGGGCAAAAAGGGUAAGCGGAAAGGAAGAAGAGCCCAAGAUGCCGACGAGGAGGCAGAAGUCGGUGUCGAUGCCACAGUAGAAGAUGUCGCUGAUGAGAUUCUCGGAGAAGACGAUGAGCCUACGGAACGAGGUGAUGAGCCCGAUGACGCCGAAGCGAUUCUUCGAGCUGAAGAAUCCGUGAAAAAGAUGUCUGCUAUGGAUUCACUAGCGACAUUAGAGAGAGAGUUUGCAACUUUACGUGACAAGAUUUAUGAUGAAAGGAUAUCCAAACUUAACCGCGAGUUGGAGUUGCUUACCGGACCAAACCCGACACAUCCCGAGUAUUUACGGCAGAUCGAGUGUGUGCAACGUCACCGGGACGCCAAGGUCAAAUACGAGGAAAACUUGUAUCGAUACCGCAUGAAGUCACUCAUGCACAGGGCUUUGGCUGAGCGAGCACAAGCGCAUAGCACAUACUUCCAGCGCAUGCGAGAUGCGCGCGAACGGCAUUCAAGUGCAAUCAGCAAGCAGUUCUAUGCCAUUCAGCAUGAUCGCUUUAAGACGGACGAGCUUAGCCCACAUCAUAUCAUCACAUUUCCCACUCGUCGCUCGCAGCAAAUCGCACACCAGGCCGCUUACAACCAUGAGGUUUCAAUUAUGGCUGGUGUUGCCAAGUACGUCGGUUUCCCUGCUGCCCCGUCGUUGAUGGGUGCACGUCCCAACGAACUUGAUGAUGAUCUUGAGAAGAUGGGUAUCCCUAUCGAAUCUCGCGCUUCGGCACCCCGGCAUUCAUCCGCGAUGCCACCGCGAACUACCAUGUCUACCAUGUCUUCCAACGCCUUCCGCACGGCCGCCGAAGAAGCAUUCCUGGAACAAACCCCUUGGGCAAACCCGCAACAUCCCAGCCAUCAGCAUCAGCACCAGCAACAUCACUCGCAGUACUCGCAGCAACCUCGCCCGCCAGGCCAUGCAUUUGAGUACCCGCAACCGUCGUCAUAUGCCACCCCAGCCGCACAAAAGCGUGUAGUAGACAUCAAUGCGCCCAAUGGAUCCGCAUCUACAAUUCCCGAGAAUGCCUCUGCUGCCAACUCAUCAGCUAACAACACCCCUUACGGCAUGGAGCAAGAUCCAAGGCACCAAACGCAAGGGCCUUUCCGUAACCCAGAUUAUGAUGCUGAUCAUCGCAAAUCUGGCUUUCGGUCACUAAGCUCAUCUCCAUUGGAUGUACGGAAAACACAGCCACACCUCACUCAUGCCAUCGAGCAUCGCUCUCCUAUCACUGACGCCCCUUCCCACAAUCACAUCUUCUCUCCGCCUUCUGCGCGACAAAGCCUGUUCCAGCCUUCAGCGGCUCUCCAACGGGAGACUUCGCCAUCCCUCCCGUCAAAGCCUGUUGAUGCGGUACAUUACCGCCCUCAGCAGUCAGGGAUUUCAGCUGGGUCUAGUUCAAAUCACAUGCCCAAUCGAUAA